UCUCUUUUCCUUGUAUUCUUCUAUACUUUUAACUGACCAAAACGAGAGAGUAAAGAAAUAGAAUACAAAACUCAAAACAACAGAAAACAUAGCAUCUGCAGAAAUGGCAUCAAUGACCAUGACAGCUUCCUUCCUCGGAGGUGCCAACAUUGUCAACCAGUCUCCAGUGCCCGCUCGGCGGAGACUCGUUGUUGCAAGUGCUGCAAGAGGAGGUGCUGAAGGAGAAAAGGUUAACUUGAAUGUUGAGGCUAAAAAGGAGAGCAACAAUGGGAGGAGGGACUUGAUGUUUGCAGCUGCAGCUGCCGCUGUUUGCUCCGCUGCUGGCCUUGCUGUGGCUGAGCCACCCAAAGCAGGAACCCGAGAAGCCAAGAAAUUUUAUGCCCCAGUUUGUGUCACCAUGCCUACUGCUAAAGUCUGUCACAAGUGAAUUUGAAUUGCUUUGCUGUGGAGUUUAUGGACCUGUUUGGAGUCUCAAUUUGUUGUAAUCUACAAGUUAAUGUGAUUUUCUAGUGCCAAUAACUUUGUUUCAUCUCUUGCUUAUCA